AGCGCGCCAUUCCUUUACCUUUUUCUCAGCGGCUUCAAAGCGUCCGUACUCUCUUAGCAUAUCGACGGAGCAUCACUCAGCUCAGUCCCUCCACCGGCGCCGGCGGCUCCGCUUACUCCAAUGCAAACCCUACCCUUCUCCCACCGCUUGGUCCAGUUCGACUGCCGGCUGUCUCAGCUCCCGGUGGGCGGUGGCGGCGGCAUUUCAUUCCGAGCCUCGAGGUCCGUCGCGUGUCGCGGUGCAUUCAAGUGCGUCUCCCCGUCAAGUCCGUCUUUAGCUGACAAUGCCGUGAAGUUUAAGGAAGCUUCCAAGAACGGAAACUUAAUUCCGCUUCACCGUUGCAUUUUCGCUGACCAACUGACUCCAGUUCUCGCUUAUAGAUGUUUGGUGAACGAAGAUGAUCGGGAGGCUCCAAGUUUUCUUUUUGAGUCAGUUGAGCCUGGUUUUCGGGCCUCUAGUGUUGGACGGUACAGCGUUGUUGGUUCUCAACCAGCACUAGAAAUUGUGGCUAAAGCAAAUAAAGUUACCAUAGUGGAUCAUGAGCAGGGGCGCACGAUCGAGGAGGUCGUUGAUGAUCCAAUGACGAUACCAAGGAGAAUCUCCGAGCAAUGGAAACCCCAACUCAUUGAUGACCUUCCAGAUGCAUUUUGUGGUGGCUGGGUUGGUUAUUUCUCAUAUGAUACUGUUCGCUAUGUGGAGAAGAAAAAGCUACCCUUCUCUUCGGCACCAACUGAUGACAGAAACCUUGCCGACAUCCAUCUUGGCCUGUAUGAUGAUGUGAUUGUAUUUGAUCAUGUGGAGAAGAAAGCACACGUGAUUCACUGGGUUUGGCUUGAUCGGCACUCCUCAAUUGAGGAUGCAUAUGAAGAUGGAGUGAAACGUUUGGAGGUGUUGUUGCGCAAAGUGCAGGACAUUAGCCCGCCAAGGCUGUCUGCUGGCUCAGUGGAACUAUGUACACGGGAUUUUGGUCCUUCUUUGGAGAAGUCAAAUAUGUCAAGUGAAGAAUAUAAAAAAGCUGUAGUGGAGGCAAAAGAACACAUUCUGGCAGGAGAUAUCUUUCAAAUUGUAUUGAGUCAACGUUUUGAACGAAGGACCUUUGCUGAUCCAUUUGAAAUCUAUAGAGCAUUACGAAUCGUUAACCCGAGUCCAUAUAUGACAUACUUACAAGCAAGAGGCUGUAUUUUGGUUGCUUCAAGCCCUGAAAUUCUGACGCGUGUUAAGAAGAACAAGAUCGUCAAUCGCCCUUUAGCUGGAACCUCGAGAAGAGGCAAGACAAUUGAAGAAGAUGAGAUGCUGGAAGUCAAGCUACUAAAAGAUGAAAAGCAAUGUGCAGAACACAUCAUGCUAGUUGAUUUGGGACGCAAUGAUGUCGGAAAGGUUUCAAAACAUGGGUCAGUGAAUGUGGAAAAGCUUAUGAAUGUUGAACGAUACUCUCAUGUGAUGCAUAUAAGCUCGACGGUAACGGGCGAGUUGGAUGAUGGACUCACUUGCUGGGAUGCCCUGCAAGCUGCAUUGCCUGUUGGAACUGUCAGUGGGGCGCCCAAGGUGAAGGCGAUGGAGCUGAUCGACGAGCUGGAGCCCACGAGGCGUGGGCCCUACAGUGGAGGGUUUGGAGCAGUCUCCUUAACAGGAGACAUGGACGUGGCCCUGGCUCUGAGGACCAUUGUGUUCCCAACAGGGAUACGAUUCGACACCAUGUUCUCGUACAGCGAUGCCAGGAAGCGCCGAGAAUGGGUGGCUUACCUCCAGGCCGGUGCAGGAAUUGUCGCCAACAGUGAUCCGGACGAUGAGCACCAGGAGUGCCAGAACAAGGCCGCAGGGCUUGCGCGAGCUAUCGACUUGGCAGAAUCGACCUUCGUGAAUAAGUAGCUCGGAUAUGGCGGUAGAAUUUCACUUCUGCUGGCGAAAGGCGCGGAACCGAGAACAGGUUUCCCUUGUAUGGAGAGGGGAAAACUGUGAUGACACAUUGGCCUUUCUUCGCUUGACGUAGAUGAGGAUAUGCAUGUCACAGGCGCACUGUUCUGUUGAAACUUCGAUGUAACACAAGAGCACUGUUUGUUCUGUUGGAAGCCAUUUUUUCCGCUUUAUA